AUGUUUGGUGCACUUUACUAUAGAUGCCUUGAAAAAGACAAAACCCUUGCACUUAAAGUUGCCAAGGGUAGUUUUGAGGCCCAAUAUGUGUUAAAUUGGUGGUUAGAAAACCUGGAAGCUAGUUACAAUGUUCUCCAACAUCCCUCAAUUGAUAUUGUUUUAUAUUCGGAUGUCUCAACUAUAGGUUGGGGGGCAGCACUUGGGGAGCAAUCUAGAGGGGGCCACUGGUCCCCAACAGAAGCAGAACUUCACAUUAAUGCCCUAGAGCUUCAAGCUGCAUUUUGUGCUCUGAGAUCUUUCAAGCACUCCCUUAGUGGUAAACAUGUUAAAUUAAUGAUUGACAAUACCUCAGCUGUAUACAUCAAUAAUAUGGGCACAAGUCACAGUGACAAUUGCCAUUCAAUAUGUGUUGCCAUUUGGGAGUUUUGCAUGACCCACAAAAUAUGGCUAACAGCUGCCCAUUUACCAGGGGCUUUAAAUGUAGUAGCUGAUAACGAAUCAAGACGAUCAUACAGUGAUUCUGAAUGGAUGAUUGAUAGCAAUAUUUUGCAAAAUUCUCUAUCAGAUUUAUACUUUACACCUGAAAUGGACCUUUUUGCCUCUAGAUUGAACAAUCAAUUAAAUGCAUAUUGUUCAUAUAGAUCCGAUCCGGAUGCAAUGUAUAUUAAUGCAUUCUCUAUCUCCUGGGCAAAUUUACUUCAGGUUGUCCAGAAAAUCAUCCAAGACAAAGCCGAAGGAGUGAUAGUGAUCCCAAACUGGCCCACACAAGCUGGGUACUCUCUCCUUCAACCUCUUCUAGUCAAAGUACACAGAAAUGCAAACCGUCAAAGACACUCUUACACCUUCCAGCAUGCCCAAAUCAGUUGCACCCUCUACACAAGGGACUGGAACUCCACAUUUGUUUUGUGUCCGGGAAAGAUUCUUAACAUCUGGCAUAUCAUGACGUUCGGCUGA